GUGGUGAGCGGACAUGGAAGAACCACGUAGCUCGAAGUAUGCAGGAUGCAGCCAGGAAGGUGUGGAAAAUUAAGCAGAUGUUCCGCCUCCUCCUCCUCAAUUUCUUUUGCCAUUACACCACUUUUUUGCAGCAGCGGUUCUCAAAUUCAAGCGGCUGGAUGCGCUUCUCAUCUUCCUCCUCUUUUUUCUUUUGGCUGAAAAUAUGAAAAAAGCUUCAUUUUUUUCUGGUUGAAGAUAAUAUAGGUAGGAGAAGCCUGCAGAUUUGUGAGGUUAAGGAGCUUCCGUGAUACAAGGACGAAGCUGUUCGAAUGAGGGGCGCUUAAAAAGUCAUCUUGUGUGUGUUUGCAGUUUUGACUUAAAGAUGAGAGCUUUCUGCAUUUGGGCUUUGAUGGAAAGCUGCUAGCUUUUUACAUCCUGUGUGAAAGAUCCGAUCUUGGUGCUAGAAAUCUAUGUAUCUCUUCAUCUUGUUUAUCUGGUAGAACCAGCGAUCUUUAAAGAUUGGUUCUUGUGAUGGGAACGGUGGCAAAAGCUCCAGGUAAUUACUAACCAGCAUUUCUAUGGAGGAGGAGGUGGAGGACGAGGAGGAUCUCACCCGGCGCUGUGGCACUGAUGAAAGAGGUUUUGAUCCCAAGUUGAAAUCUUCCGGCCAUGGCGCUGAACAGAAUUCCGGCGAAGUGAGUCUGAGAGAGUGGCUGGACAGGCCCAAGAGACCGGUGGACUUUGUAGAAUGUCUUCAUAUAUUCCGGCAGGUCGCUGAGGCGGUGAACCUUGCUCAUUCUCAGGGAGUUGUGGUGAACAACAUCAGGCCAUCAUGCUUUGUGUUGUCACCACUCAACCAUUUGACAUUCAUUGAAUCAGCCUCUUGCUCAGACACCUCUUGUGGAGAAGAAGAAGGCGGCCGUAUCGCCGGAGCCCGUGAUUGGUUGAAUUCACGAAAGAGAGAAUUACAUGUGGGGAGUGAAGCUGAUGAUCAAUGGAGGGACUUUCCUCUCAAGAAGAUGUUGAGAAUGGAGUUGAAUUGGUAUUCUAGCCCUGAAGAAGUUGAGGGGAAGCAAAGCACAUUUGCUUCUGAUGUAUAUAAAUUAGGAGUUCUUCUCUUUGAGUUGUUUUGUAUGUUUGAGAGUUUGGAAGAUAAGUUUGGCAAGAUGUCAAACUUGAGAGAUAGAGUUCUUCCACCACAAAUGCUUCUAAAGUGGCCAAAGGAAGCUUCCUUCUGCCUGUGGCUUUUGCAUCCACAGGCAAGUAGUAGGCCUACAAUGAGUGAGUUGUUACGAAGCGAUUUCUUAAACGGAGAAACAGAUUGUUUGGAAGAGCGCGAAGCCGCUAUUAAACUGAAAAAGGAGACUGAAGAACUGGAAUUAGUUCUUGACUUCCUCUUGCAGCUUCAAACACGAAAGGUAGAGGCCGCCGACAAGCUUCAUGACACCAUCUGUUUUCUCUGCACCGAUAUAGAAGAAGUCAAGAACCAGAGGCCCGGUCUCAUAAAAAAUGAAUCUUUCUUUCUUAAACUUGAGAAAAGUGAUCAUGACAUAGCUAUUAAAUUCGAGUGUCCCUUACCAUAUAAUGAAAUAAAUGAAGAAGACUCAUCUUCUUCGGGUUCGCGAAAGCGUGUAAGGUCCCACGAGAAUUUAAUGGCAGAACAGUUUAACAAAAAUGUUGUUGAUGGUUCCAGACCAGAUUCUAACAAAGGGACCCGUGAGAAAAUCCCAUCAAAAAGCACUCGAAUCAUGAAGAACUUCAAAAAGCUGGAAGAAGCAUAUUUUUCUUCAAGGUGCAGAUCUAUGAGGCCAAAAGGCCAACUUUUUAGUAAUCCUUGCAGUGGAUCCACUGUUAGAACUGAGGGGAGUUCUGUAAAUUAUUCAACUUCUAAGCAAAGCAAUGGUGGUGGCAAAAUGGUUGAAUCUGGAAAUCCCUUCCUGGAAGGUUUAUGCAAGUUUUUAUCUUUCAGCAGAUUAAAAGUUUGUGCAGAAGUUAAACAAUCAGAUCUGUUAAAUUCCAGUAAUUUGAUUUGCUCCCUUGCUUUCGACCGGGACAAAGAAUUUUUUGCUACUGCUGGCGUGAAUAAAAAGAUUAAAGUUUUUGAAUUUGAUGCAAUGUUAAAUGAAUGCCAUAACAUUCAUUAUCCUGUGGUUGAGGUGAUUAGUAAAUCAAAACUCAGCAGUGUUUGCUGGAAUGGCUACAUAAAAAGCCAGAUUGCUUCGAGCGAUUUCGACGGUGUUGUGCAGGUAUGGGAUGUUGCUCGAAGUGAAGUUUUAGUUGAAAUGAGAGAGCACGAGAAACGGGUGUGGUCGGUUAACUAUUCGAUAGUGGACCCGACGAAGUUAGCCAGCGGAAGUGAUGAUGGGACUGUGAAGCUAUGGAAUAUCAAUCAGGGAGGAAGCAUUGGUACUAUAAUAACAAGGGCAAAUGUAUGUUCUGUACAAUUUCCACCAGGUUCUGCUCAUGCUAUUGCUGUUGGUUCAGAUCAUAAUGUUUAUUACUACGAUCUUCGUAAUGUGCGGCUGCCGUUGUUGACGUUGGUGGGCCAUGCGAGGACUGUGAGCUAUGUGAACUUUGUGGAUUCAUCGACGCUCGUUUCGUCGUCGACGGAUAGCUCAUUGAAGCUUUGGGACCUAACGAUGAGUUCGUCUGGGGUCAUUGAAAACCCCGUUCAAACGUUCACCGGGCAUACGAACGUGAAGAAUUUUGUUGGUCUAUCUAUUUCUGAUGGGUAUAUUUCUACUGGCUCAGAAACAAAUGAGGUUUUUGUGUACCACAAAGAUUUUCCCAUGCCGGUCUUAUCCUACAGAUUUGGGAGCACUGAUACCAUAUCCGGCCGCGACGCCGACGAUUCGAACCAGUUUGUCUCGUGCUUGUGUUGGCGCGGCGAAUCACAUUCUCUUGUUGCAGCGAAUUCGAUCGGGAAUAUCGAAAUUUUGGAAAUGGUGUAAUUGUUUUUGUUGUAGAAUUAUGAAUAGUGAGAAAUUUGUAGAAUGCAACAUUUGGAUCUUGUUGGUUCAUAAAGAGGUGGGUGAAGGUGAUGAGAUGUUGUAUGAUAGUAGAAAAAUGACAAAGCAUUGUUUAUAGGCAAAAUAUAAAU